AUGGCUGCCAGAAGAAGGGGAACCGCAUGGCCAGAAGAAGAAACACUUACAUUGCUGUCUAUCUGGGAAGAGAAUGAAAUUGAGGAGCAAUUAGAAAACCCCAAAACAAACAAUACAAGCAUUUACAAGACUAUUUCCUCCGAAAUGACAGACAAAGGUUACAAACGGACUCCAGAACAAUGUAAGGUUCGAAUGCACACUCUGAAGCGUUCUUAUCGUCAGUGUAAAGGUAACACGAAGGAAAGUGGAAAGGGAAGGAAAACAUGCAAAUAUUUUGAAAAACUUGAUGCAAUUUUGGGAACUCGACCUGCAUCCUCCCCAGUUAAGGUGAUCGAAAGUGGAAUUCGCAAACGCUGUGCUGAUUUCUCUUCAUCAAGCGAGAAAAGUAGUGACGAAGUACAAGAAAUCAAACAGGCAUCUGAAGAACAAUCUGCUGAAAAAGGAGACAAAAAUGAAGAUCUGACCAUGGAUGCAAUGCAUCCCCUGACCGAGGAAACAGCCAAGGAAAUAACAUUGACUGGGGAUAAGAAAGAGCAGGAGAUAGCAAGCAAAGCAAAUGACCCAAAACCCCAAAAGAAGAAGGAAAGUACAGUGAAAAAAGACGGUAAAGGGAAGAAAGCAAAAAAGAGUAGAUUGGAGGUAGCUCUUGGAGCCGUUAUGGAAGGUUUCAGCACCACAAACGAAAAGUCGGAGGACAAAUUCUUGGAAUUUGAAAAGAAUAAGCUUGAGAUAGAAAAGAAAAAAUUGAACUAG